AUGGGGAUGCAGUGGAGGCGGGGGACAGGCCGCGAGAGGGAGAGGAUCCCGGGAGCCGACGACGAAGUGGAGCAGCUAAAGUCUGCGUCAGAAGAGCAGCCCCGGGCGCAGGAGCCGCCAGGCAGGGGUCCGCGCGUGGUGCCCCACGAGUACAUGCUGUCAAUCUACAGGACUUACUCCAUCGCCGAGAAGCUGGGCAUCAAUACCAGCUUUUUCCAGUCUUCCAAGUCGGCUAACACGAUCACCAGCUUUGUAGACAGGGGACUAGACGAUCUCUCGCACACUCCUCUCCGGAGACAGAAGUAUUUGUUUGAUGUGUCCAUGCUCUCAGACAAAGAAGAGCUGGUGGGCGCGGAGCUGCGGCUGUUUCGCCAGGCGCCCUCAGCGCCCUGGGGGCCACCACGGCGGCGGCGCACGGCCUUCGCCAGCCGCCAUGGCAAGCGUCACGGCAAGAAGUCCAGGCUACGCUGCAGCAAGAAGCCUUUGCACGUGAACUUCAAGGAGCUGGGCUGGGACGACUGGAUUAUCGCGCCCCUGGAGUACGAGGCCUAUCACUGCGAGGGUGUAUGCGACUUCCCGCUGCGCUCGCACCUGGAGCCCACCAACCACGCCAUCAUCCAGACGCUGAUGAACUCCAUGGAUCCCGGCUCUACCCCGCCCAGCUGCUGCGUGCCCACCAAAUUGACUCCCAUCAGCAUCCUGUACAUCGACGCGGGCAAUAAUGUGGUCUACAAGCAGUACGAGGACAUGGUGGUGGAGUCGUGCGGCUGCAGGUAG